AAGCAAUUAUUGAACAGUUAUGUUAUCUUCUGUCCAAUAACUGACGAGUAAAAUUGUUGGGAUCUCGAUCAAGAUGUAACGCUUUUCCUGCAGUUACUGGGCACAAAAGCUGCACAAAAUCUAAACUCAUUUACUGAACAAAAACUGAACAAUAAGUGGAUAAAGAAACUAUUCAACCGAUUAAUACAAGUUUGUUGCUCAUAAAAUGGGCAGUUUUGGCCUAGUAAAAUUCAUAUUUUGUGCAUAUUUACUUAUUUGUACAAUUUUAAGAUUAAUAAAAAUUACAGUACAGGAAAUCUUUGAAGCGCAAUAUAUAUUGCGCUGAAAUUAGCACAUAUAAUAUUAGCAUAUAUCAAAGAUACAACACAAUUCUAUUAUUAAUAUACAGUUUAUUAUUUGUAGUUUGUUUACUUUUUUACUCUAACCUUAGUUGUCAGUUCUGUCAUAAUAUGGGCAGUUGCCUAGGCAAACUGUACAUAUUUUUACCAGGAACACUACUUCAGCUACUGAACAAAACUCAAUCAAGUUCUUGUCUAUUUCCUACACAGUAUUGAUACAACUAAUGAGAAUGCAGUAAUACUACACAGUAACUGAUUGGGUGUCUAGAAAAACUGCACAGUCUAAAACGGACAAUAGAUUUGUCUAUGUCAAAAAUAUAUAGGAAUUAAUAGGGAAUAUUUUUUUAUAAUUACGGUAAUUAUUUAGGGAAUUUACUUUAUUUAGCGAAAAUACUUUAGGGAAUAUCUCGCUGAUGACCUUAACGUUGACGUAUAUUAAAAAAGUCAUCCUCUUGAGUGACUUCCAGAAGGUUUUAGCCGGCGAUCAUUGUUUAUUAAAAAGUUAUUAACAAAAGAAGUUAUAUGAAUAAGUAAAUUGAUACUAAGUGUAAUAAGUGAUUAAAAGUUGGGUUGGGUUAGGAUUUCUUGGGAAAAGGAUGCGGGGAAGAGGCUUUGUCCCUCCCAUCUAUUUACAUUAAAAUUUUUUUAAUUGUCUAUAUUAAAGUCACAGUUCUCAGUAAAAUUUUCACGUCCCAGACAAAAAAUUUACUUUAUUUAUAUGUAUUUUUAUUUACCGAACGAUGUUCAAUACAAUUCAGCCGUAAUGGAAAAGAAAGCUUGGAUAACAAAAUAUUAGAAAUAUUAGACUGGAUGUUUUAAAGUUUAAAAAAAAACUCAAUGAAAUAACUUAUACGUAGUGAUACUGUGUUUUUCGACUAUGUCGUGGAAUAUUAUCGCAUACGAUAUGCGCUCAAUAUGUUGAGUAUAGAUACCUGUGUCUGGAUCUACAAAAUUAUAUCUAUGAUUUACUUGUUUAUACUGAGCUACUAUGAUGAAAUGUGGAUAACCAUUUUGCCAUUCCAUUUGCAAGCCAUUCUAUGCUUUCCAACAAUCUGACAUUAUAGUUGAACCAGGUUUUAUUCAUUGCUUUAUAAUAUCAAGUAGCGUACAUGCUGACGGAUCUUGGACAGGUACGUUAAAUAUACGACCUGAAUGUCUGUCAUACAGGUCAACCGCCAAAACUCCACUGACCGAUAAUUUAGACGUUCUUUAUUAUAUUUGCGUUUUCCAAUUUUAUAUUUUUAAUCUUGACAAUAAUACCUUCUCCACUAAUUAGUUCACUUACAUGUCAAUCUAUAAUGUAUAUAACUAAAAGAUUAAUUCAUUAAAGCAGCAGCACUUUACAUAUAUUACUAAUAAAGUAAUUAUGAUGUAAAUAGCAUAUAGCUCGCGACAGAAAUAAAACCAAUCUAUAACCGUAUACGUGAGCUGACCUAUGCUCGAGAAAAUGCUGUCGAGGUGGACGGAUCAUAAGAAAAUAAGCAAUCAAACGGCAAGCAGUGGCUAUUGAUUGAUAGUCGGUUAUGUGCACACCAUGUCCCAGUCAAACCAUUUACUUUAAAAUUACAUUACUGCUUGCGCCUCUUCUUAUUAUGAAUUAUCUUAUACAUCAUGUCAGUGAUAUUUCAAUUUAGUUAAAUCUCGCAUAAGUUUUACUAUCGAUUCACAUUUUGGACUUAUUUUAGUGUGCAAAGACACCUUUCGCAAUCAAAAAUUCCACAAGAGCAUUUUCAUUAUCAUUGUAAAUAGCUAAGGACUCGUACAGGUGCAUGAUCUAUCACUGAAGGAAAUUACAUUACUAUUGAACAGAAUGGCGAAUAUUUAGAUUGUUAAUCUAAACAAAUUUCAUGAGAAAGUGUACAAUAAGAUAAAGAUUUACGUUGAUGUGCUUGUCAGAGUAUAUUUGAAAUGUACUAAUACAUUAUAGAUUUUAUUCGGGACUUGACGAGGAAACUAAUUGUUUCCGGGAUAAACACUUGAGACGGUGCUUAUGGCUUCCAACGUGAAACAAACAAGUUGGCGUGCUUUCGCGCAAUUGAUAAUUUUCGAAAAGUACUGUUUGCUUUGUGAUCGGUAUAAAUAGGUAAGCAACAAAAACAAAGAGGACAGAUGGAGGACAUAUAGACGGACAUAAACGAAAUAGACAGAGAGGAAAGUAUAGAGAGAUAGAUCAAGAAACCGAGAGACAAAGUGCAAGAGCAGCGAGUGAGUGAAUAUUGUUCACGUUCUCCGAUGCGUGUAUUAAUUUAAUUGAAUUACAUCUGUUGUACGUUACAAAGUGACUAGUUAUUCUUGUCGGUUUCGGCAUAUCUCUCAUCUAGUAGUAAGUAGACCAUCCUGUAUGAAGGAUGUAUGAAGGAUAAAGACUUUUUCACGCUCUUCAACACCUACAACAUUAAGAAACUAAUAGAACAUUUAUUCUCUCUGUCACAUAAAAUUGUGAAAUAUGAUAUAAACAAUUUAAAAAAUUUUAAAAGUUGAAAAAUAAAUACGUGGACUUUGUCCCUCUCCAGCAUCCCUUCCUUAAGAAAUACUAACUUAACCCAAUCUUUAAUUCCACUUAGCAUCUAUUCACUUAUUCAUACAACUUCUAUUGUUAAUAACUUUUUAACCAGUUCAGUGGUGGACUCGAAGUCAACGUUUUGUGCCAAAAGUGGAAAGAGCCAAUAAUUACAUAUUUUACAUGAAAGCUUACCUAUAAGGGGUUUUUUGGGUCGCUGAAUAUGAAUCCGGAGUCAAAAUUGAGAAAUUCAUAAUGGUGGAUCCAAAAUGGCGGCUUCAGGUGACUAACUUUGUAAUUCCAUAAUGGAAAUGUAUCACUCGGUAUGCUUCUUUGGUCACAGAUAACGGAUUGGUUCAAGAUAUUCAAACUGUAUUUCAAACGUUAUUUUAUUUUGAGUAUGCACUAAAGACUGGUAUAAUAUUUUUUGAAUCGUUCAUUAUAUACGGAACCAAGGUAAAAUUAAAAAAACAAAAAAAUUAAAACUAUAAAAAAAAUAAAAAACAAAAACAUGGAGUGUAAAAUCCUACCGUAGCCUCCCUGUGACGCACUCUGGGGUCGUGAUAAUAUUUCACCAGCUAAUAACGGAGGUAAGAUUAUCCAUAAUAAAUACCGUUAGUCACUAGAAGCCGCCAUAUUGGGUCCGCCAUUUUGAAUUUCUCAAUUUUGACUCCGGAUUCAUAUUCAGCGAUCCAAAAACCCUAAGUAUAGCAAGUUUCACGCAAAUCCGUUCACAAUUGGCAGAGUUAUUCAAGGUGCCCAUAUAUGAGUCAUUACCACUUGUGGCACUUCUUCUUUACGCCCAUAUAUGAGUCAUUACCACUGAACUGGUUAAUAAACAAUGAUCGUUAGCUAAAACCUUCUGGAGAGCACUCAGGAGGGUGAUCUGUAUAAUAUAUGUAACGGUCAAGGUCAUUGGCGAGGUAUCUUCUGAAUUAAAUAAUUACCAUAAUUUCUUGCCUAUAUAGUGAUUUCAUCACUAUAUAGAAUGGAGAAUAAGAAGGAACUUGAGAGAGGGAAUUAAAUUAAAUUAAUUAAAUUGAAUUAAAUUAAGGGGGUUAAUUAUAUGUAUAUUUCGUAUUUAAUUAUAUAUCUUAAUAAAUUUUGGGUAACAAACAAUUGAUUAUAGGAUUAUAAAAUUGAAUUUUUUUUUCUUUUACUGUCAUUGUUACACUUUUUAAGAAACUUACAUUUUUUAAGAAAUUAUCGCAUUUAUAUGCAUUACAGUACAUGCAUUUAUUCUACUUUCGCAGACUAUAUUCGCAAGUAUUCUGCAGUAUUCUCAGUAACGCGACAUGUAUCGCAAAAUUACACAGUCGGUUCCUUGCAGUAAAGAGAAAGCGAAAAUGCGACGACCAAGUUGAAAGAACAGACAGUACAGUGCUUAGGCAGAACAAGCUUUCCUUCGUGUGUCCUUUUCUGAUUCUCCAUGAUAAUAGAGUCAUGGUUCUAUUAUCUGCUUUUACGUUUUGAAUAUGCAAACUGCUUCAUAUUCAAUAUAUGCAAAAUACUAUUUCGAAAACUAUUUAAACAUAAGCGCGCCUUUACAAAUAGAGAUAAGUGACACAUAGAACUAAUUAAAAGAGAGAUAUACCUUAGUUUAUUUUGAAAAGAGGAAAUGUCUAUAUUGUCAAUGUAUAAUCAAGUAUUUCAUAUUGUUAUUAAGCGUACUGACUUUUGCUAAAGAUAUACUUACAGAGUUUUAUUUAUAAUGCGCGGAAAAAAGUAAUUCUAAGGAAAAAUCACUCAAUUUUUAUUUAAUAAGAAUAUAUAUUAGAUUGUUAGAGGUAUUGAGAUUGUAAUAGUUAAUAAUAAAUUGACAAUCGUAAUUGCUAAUAGGCUGCUCAUUUACGUGUAAAGGGAGUUACUAAUCAAUAGUAUUGAUCAUUGGUAGUAUUGGGUAUUAAUGUGAAUCAACGGAACACAAUUUCUGUUAACGCGCUUAAACCGAAAUAUCGAAUAUCAAUAUUCAAUUUGAAAGAAAUAUAUUAGUCGCUAUGACAUUGUACACAUAAUAGUUAAUAUUAAUAGAAUAUCUAUUACUGUGCGCGCGAUAUAUUGUAUUAUAUAUAAUUUGGUCACGAUUUACAAUUUCCUUUAGUAAAAGAUAUAUAAUAUUAUAUAAUAUUUGCGUACAUUAAAUACGGCCAGCAUCAAUAUACGAUAAUAUCUUCGACACACAUCUGCAUCAAUUAAAUAUCAAGAAUUAAACGUCGUCAUAAGUUUGAAUAAAGUCUGAUGUGGAGAAAUUAUAAAACAAGAAAAGAUAUUAUUUUCAGAGAGUCCAUCAAAGAUAACAAAAACGUAAUAAAGAUUCGUGUGCUUGUGCAUAUUCGUGUGCUUGCUAAUUAAAGAUAAAUAUUAGACUGGAUAAUUCUGUAGAUAAUGUUUGCAAUUUUUAUACACCCCAUCAAGAAUUUAAAGGGGAGACGCGAUGAAUAUUAAAAAAGCGAUAUUUUUUAAUUAACCAUCAUGAGAAACGUAUUGAAUUUAUUCACAAAUUGGACAAACCACAGUAGAGGAACCACAGUGAGGUAACAUAAAACGUAAAAUAUAAAACGUAAAAUAUAAUUGUAAUACCUCGUCUAAUUAUCGCGACGUAUCCGCACGUGCUACUUUAACGGGCCAUGCGGGAUACCGUGUUCGUGAUUAGCAUGCAUAUUACAUUCGGAAAGGUUGCCCGUUGAUUUUAACCGGCACUUCAAACAAUAACGUCAGCGAAAUUCCAGUCUGCGUGUCGGCCAGAGGUAAGGUAACUCGCUGGAAAAAAACAGCAAAUUCAAAUGCGAAUUACGUUUUUCCGAGUGUACGCCCUUGUUGUUUUUUGCCCUUUGCAUGUUGUUAAAAAUCGCGGUUGACAAGUUCGCGCACGGCGGAUUUCGAUCAUCCCUCUUGCAAUCGCCAGGUGACAAAUAGGCGAUCGAGUGGCGGGAGCACGUUCGAAUGACGAUGAUAGUUGAAGCACAAUUAAUGGCGAGUCCUUGCGGAUGAUAUUUGUACGUACACGUGCGCGAACGCGAAUUGCACCCGAAAAAAAUAUAUGGUGGCGGAAUGCGGAUCUCCCCGCGCGUUUGUGACGUACGAGCUUGCGCGGUAUUGCGUACGAGAAAAAUAUUGUCACCGCGUUUAACUUACGGACAUUUCCGUCGCUUAAUUUCCGACAACGUUGACGUACCAUUUGCACAAUCCGCUUCAGUAUUAACGUUUAACUGUCAGAUUUGACGUGUGCGAUUUUAUCCCGUUUAUUGUUUUAUUUAAGCGCCGUACACCGUAAAUACAUUAUGGUGUAUUGUCACGUUGUUUCACGUUUCCAUUAGUAAUGAUAAAAGUCAUGCGGAAUAUGUCGCGUUUAGUGGUCACACGAGUAAUUAUUGCACAACAAUAGUUUGAGGUUCUUUUAAUACCAUCCAUAGCCAAUGUGAGCAUUUAUUCUCUUCAAAAAUAGAUUUAAUAAUUUCAUGUACUAAGUUCUGCUGAAAAUUGAAAAGGACUGUCACAUGACUACAAUAUAUUUCACUUCUUUCAUCGUCCUGUCUUAUACUUGUCGUAUUCAAUUUAUUAGCGUUUAUAUCGAUUGUCGCAAUUCCAAGAAUAUAGAGAAAUCAAGUUUCGAUCAUUUUAUUUAUUUGACCGAAUCAUUGCUGUAUAUUGUGCUUGCAAUGAGAAACUGGAUGUAAGAGCUACUCGUCGUGUACGAUAACGCUGCUUGAAUUCUACAUUAUUAUGGAGAAAACGGACGUACGUAGUACAUGUACCGUGCUCUCGCGUUCGGUAUGUGUGACACGGAUAGACGAGAGAGAGAGAGAGCAUGUUGACCUGCAAAGAGUGCACGUCCAACUCACGUUUAAGACAGAUAACAAAGAAUACCAGUAGUAGCUCGACGUGAAAUUAACAUAGCACAUACCGAACGCGAAAACAAAAAAAAUAAAAAGCUGUUCAAGUUAGAAAUCUUUCUUAUUAUUUCUGUGCCAGGACGGAGAAAUAAUUCCUGAAGAUCGAUAAUGCCGUACGAUAUCAUUUUGUGCGGAAAUUCAAUUUCGUUGACAAUCAGCAGUAAGGAAUUGUAGAAAAAUAAGGGAAUUAUGCUGUUGAUUAGUAAUUAUGCACUUAUUGUGUUUUAUUAUGGUUAUAUUGAUUAUUGAAAAAAACACGAAAAUACCAGACAACAGAAUGCAAGUGUUCUGCAUAAAGAACGUAUCACACUAGCGGCUCGCGGCUGAGACCACGAUUGCGUUUGCGACUACGUCUGCGAUUGCGAUUUCACAUUUGUUAUUGACAAUUGCAGGUGUCACUUAUAUACAGUAUCAUUUUUGAACUGUCUGAUUUUAUACAAUUUAAAAUAGAAAUAGAUUCCCAAACCACUUCUUUACACAAAAUGGACAGAAAUUUCCAACGAUUGAGAAAUUGAAAAAAAAUGUGUGCGUUUUUUAUGUUUGUUAUUUUAAAACAUUACUACGAGACUCUUCCACGCAGGAAGAUAUGGAUAAAACCGUGGGUUGCAAGAAGAAAAGAAAAAGGGUGUCAUCAUAACCUUUUUUUAGAAUUACAGUUGAAGGAUCCAAAUAAAUUUCGAAGAUGUCUUCGAAUGAAUACAAAUAUAUUUGAGAAUCUUGUUACUAAGAUAACACCUUUAAUUCGGAGGCGUGAUACACAUCUCAGACAAAGCAUUUCACCUGCUGAGAGACUAUCAGUGACACUGCGUCACUUAGCAACAGGUUUCCUCCAGCUAUCUAUUUAAAUAUUGUCUGAAUUGAAAGAUUUU